GUCCAAAGGCGUAGAACAAAAAACAAGCUGAUGGAGAAAUAUAUGGAACAGAAAAACGUUGUAAUCCGAUAAUCACGAAUUCAUGAUUAAAAUCCCUUCUUUCUUCACAGAAUCACGCCUAUCAAAGUAUCAAUCGAUCGAUCGGAUUCUGUCAAGAUUUUCGCUCUCCUCUCCUCUCCUCUUUAUCCCAGUUCUCACUUCUCACCAAGGCCGAAUUUGCUGUUUUCAGUUUCUUAAUUCUCCUACUCGAGAUAAUGACUUAAUUAAACGGAAGAUCGGAAAUCGAAAUCGGAACGACGAUCGGUUGCGCGAAUUGUAUUAUGAAAGAGUUACAUUAAAAUGAUGCGGAAAUUUUCGGGUUGUUACACCUAACAAGAAAUCAGAAGAUGGUUCCAACACAUAUGCAACAAACGAAGAAGUUGAUGUGAAACUAAUGUAUCCCGUCCAUGAUCCAAACCAAAAUUGGAAGAAGAUGGUUCCUAUACUAGUGUAGAAAUGCAAGAAGGUUUUCAUUGAUUAAGAUUAAAGGUACUUUGGUUGAGCAUUAUGGAAGGUUGUAGCAUUAUGGUGAGGAGAUUAUGAGGUCUAACCUAGGGUUUAUGGUAAGAAUGGAUGUGGACAUCAUGCCUGACUCAACUAUAUAUUUUUCAAAUACUAUGUCUGCUUCAAAGGUGUUAGGGACGGUUGGAUAGAGGGAUGUAGAAAGGUGAUUUGUGUAGAUGGCUGCUAAUUGAAAGGCUUGUGUAAGGGUGAGCUUCUUGUAGUAAUGGGUAGAGAUGCGAAUAACAACAUCUACCCUAUCACGUGGGCUGUGGUAAAUGUUGAGAAUAAAGUUUAUUGCAAGUGGUUUCUUGACAUUCUCAUGGAUGACCUUGGAGGGGGAAAUGGUAGUGGACUUACUAUCAUUUCAGAUGAACAUAAGGGAUUGUUAGAAGUUGUGAAAGAAAGGAUUCCAGAAGUUGAGCAUAGGCAAUGUGCUAGGCACAUAUAUGCUAAUUUUAAGAAGAAGUUUGAUGGUGAACAUUACAAAAAAUUGUUUUGGGCUGCCGUAAAUAGUACCACUAUACCACAGUUUGAAGAAGCCAUGGAUGCAAUUAAGAAAUUAAACCCCAAUACCUAUGAUCAUCUUAUUGAAAGGGAACCAAAAUAUUGGUCAAAGGCUUUCUUUGUAGAAGGGAGCUAG